AAAAGCCCACACAGAUCGACCACGACAACGGCCACCACCACCUCUCACAACCCCAUUGCGCUCCCAAUUUGCUGCUUGGGCUCACCAGUUUAGCCACGCCCAUUUCACCCCAGUGACGCGAGCGGCUACUGCCCAGCAUGGCGCCCUCUUUCGACCACCUCCGCGAGGCGGACCUCGACGAGGACGAGUUCGACGAGGACGAGAUUGACGUCUCGGACCUUCGCGAGAGGUUCGAGGUUCAGGUCGAGCAGGGAUACGAUACCUUCGUUGUCAUCGACGGCCUGCCCACCGUUACUGAGGAGCAGAAGCCCAAGCUGGUCAAGUUUCUGCUAAGGAAGCUGAACUCGGUUGGCAGGACGAAGGAGGAGCAGGUCGAUAUGCCCAUGGGCCCUGAUGGCAAAUCGCUCAACUUCGCAUUCGUCGAGUACUCGUCGCCCUCCGAGGCUGCCGCCGCUGUCAGGCAGCUCGACCAGGUUCCUCUCGACAAGAAGCACACACUCCGCGUCAACAAGCUUAUGGACAUCGACCGCUAUGGCCGCGAGGGCAGGAUAGACGACGAGUACCAACCCCCCGUUAUCGACGAGUUCCAGCCCAAGGACCACCUCAGGUCGUUCAUGGCCGACCCCGCCGGCCGCGGCCGGGACCAGUUCGUCAUGUUCCGGGGCGACCACGUUGGAGUUUACUGGAACAACGAGCGAGACGCGCCCGAGAACAUCGUCGACCGGCCCAACUGGACAGAGAGCUUCGUGCAAUGGUCUCCGUUGGGCACCUACCUGAUGUCGAUGCACAUGCAGGGUGUCCAGCUCUGGGGUGGCCCCAAGUGGGACAGGCUAGGCCGCUUCCCCCAUCCCUUCGUCACCAUGGCCGCCUUCUCACCCCAGGAGAACUACCUCGUCACCUGGUCGACCCGGCCCAUCGAGAUUCCCGACUCGGGCCACCCAGCCCUCUCCAUCGACGACGACGGCAAGAACUACGUCAUCUGGGACAUCGCCACCGGCAAACCCCUGCGAUCCUUUGCCAACCUGGAUCUGCCCAGCGAGGACUCGAGCAAGCCACCUCGCAAGAACCCCUGGCCCGCCUUCAAGUGGGCGUCGGACGAUAAGUACGUUGCCCGCCUGACUCCUGGCCAGUCCAUCUCGGUCUAUGAGCUGCCGCGCAUGAACCUGCUCGACAAGACCUCCAUCAAGAUUGAGGGUGUCAUGGACUUCGAGUGGGCCCCGUCGCGGCCACAGCGUGAGGGUAUCAAGACAUACGAGCAGCUGUUUUGCUACUGGACCCCCGAGAUUGGCAGCAACCCGGCCAAGGUCGGUCUGAUGAGCCUGCCCUCCAAGGAGGUUGUGCGUUCGCUCAACCUUUUCAGCGUCUCCGACGUCAAGCUAGAGUGGCAAUCCGACGGCGCCUACCUCUGCGUCAAGGUUGAUCGCCAUUCCAAGUCUAAAAAGUCACAAGCCACCACGUUGGAAAUCUUCCGCGUAAAAGAAAAGGGCGUGCCCGUCGAGGUUGUCGACACCAUCAAGGACACCGUCAUCAACUUUGCGUGGGAGCCCAAGGGUGACCGCUUCCUCAUCAUCACGACCACGACGCCGACCGGCGAGGUGGCUGUGGCACCCAAGACUGCUGUCUCCUUCUUCUGCCCAGAAAAGUCCAAGGGCCCCACCGCUGGCAACUUCAAGCUCCUGCGAACACUCGACAAGAAGAACAGCAACGCAAUCUACUGGUCGCCCAGGGGAAGGUUUGUUGUCGUCGCCACUGUGCUCAACCAGCAGAGCUCGGACCUCGACUUCUUCGAUGUGGACUUUGAGGGCGAGAAGCCUGCUGCCGAGAAGGACCUUACCGCCAACCUCCAGCUCAUGAACACGGCAGAUCACUAUGGUAUCACGGAUGUCGAGUGGGACCCCUCUGGACGAUUUGUCGCCACGUGGGCGUCGGCAUGGAAGCACCAGAUGGAGAAUGGCUACCACCUGUACGACUUCAAGGGUGAGCAGCUGCGCGAGGAGCCCAUGGAGAAGUUCAAGCAGCUCCAGUGGCGCCCGCGGCCAUCGACGCUGCUCACCAAAGACGAGCAGAAGACGAUCCGCAAGAACUUGCGUGAGUACUCGCGCGUGUUUGAUCAAGAGGACGCCGAGCGCAUUGCGGGUGCGGAUCAGGAAGUUGUGGACCGCCGGCGUCGUAUCCUCGAGGAGUGGCACGCAUGGCGCGAGGCCACCGAGGCCGAUGUGGCCGAGGAGCGCGCCGAGCUCGGCUUUCCCGAAGACCCCGUCGCAGAGCUGCUCAAGGCCAAGACUGCAGAACUGGUGGCCGACGGCCAGGAGGAGGAGCAAGUCAUCGAGGAGAUUGUGGAGGAGGUUCUCGAGGAGAACGAGGAGAUCGUGAGCUAGAUGGGGGCUGGGAAUGAUGUGCAUGCCUGGCCAGGUGUGGUACCGGGAUGGCCGCAAGUCCAAAUAUGGACUGUUUCAUGCGGCGUUAAUUGUUUCUCUGUUCAUUUCCUGACAGUAGAACUGGGUGAUUUGGACUUGCAUUUUGGGCCUCUGGAUGGGAGAUUUGUGCUUUGCGGUGGGCGCUUGUUCUUUAGUUCGCUGGGUACGGCGUCCUGUUGCCAGCGAGCCAUAUGGGAGAACAGCAGGCACUCGGCUAGGUUCACAAAAGAGUUGAAGCAUUUACACCGAGCGUUUAUGGAUUCUCUUUGCAUCCCCCUAAUUCUCAGAGCCGCAAGUUGUAGCUUGUCCUUUUGCUGGCGCCGAAAUAAGUCACUUACACUUGGGUCGACCAUUGCCUUGGUCAGUCCUUCGUCUGUAUUGUUAAAAUGCGUUCCAGG